CAUAAUCUAUAUACAGUAGUUUUUUUUAACAAAAUUUUUUUCCUUUUGUCUUAUGAAUUUUUUUUUAAAAAAUACAAUAGAAGUUUUAUAAUACUUUUUUCAAAUUUUUCAAAGACCUCUAUCGAAAAAGUUCUCAUUUUGAAGAAAAAAUAUAUAUAUUCGAAUAUUUUUUUAGUAUUUCGAGAAAAACAAACAACAAACAAGAUACACUUAAAAAAACUUCUCAUUAUUAUUUUUUUUUUAUAAAAAAAAAAACAAAUUUUUAUUAAAAGCGAAAAUUUGAAAAAUUUCUUAUACAGAAAUAUAAUUCUUUUUUUAAAAAAAUUAAAAAAAAAUGGAACAGCAAUCAGUCACUUACUCUGCAAUCCAAAUUUUUAACUACCCCGGCCAAACUCAAAAAUGGGCAAACACUAAUGUUAUUUCUUCUAAUUAUAAAGAGGUAUGCAAACAACCUUGUGAAAAGAAAUUACGUGAAGAACGCGAACAAAAGGGACAAGAGAAACUCAGUAAAAGUUCUCUGCAUUCCAAACAACUAUCUCAGCAAUCUCAACGUGGAAGAAAUAACAAUGUUGCUAUGAUAAUAAAUAUUGGAAAAAUUACUUGUGUUAGAAAAGGAAACACUCCAAAGACUUUAAAAUGUUCUUUGUAUCAAAGAAAAGUUAUCAGCCCAUCGGCUUAUGUCAAUCGUAUCCUUCGUAAACGUAGAAAUCACCGACAGCUAAGACAUGUCAAUAAUUAUACAUUAUUGAAUCCUAUCAGGCAAUUAUCAAGACAAAACACAAACGAUCCAUUUGCGAACCAAAUUUUUAAUGGAUCCAAUUUCUUCUGA